CUCUUUAUUCGUUUUUAUAUAUACACUUAUCCUUCUACAUUUAAAAGUUCAACCGAGAAAUCUCAUUUAUUUUCCAUAUUAGGAUUAAAUUCUCGUAAACAAAGACGUGAACGAACGACUUUCACGAGAACCCAGCUGGAUGUGCUGGAAACAUUGUUCCAGAAGACGAGGUAUCCAGACAUCUUCAUGAGGGAAGAAGUGGCCAUGAAAAUAAAUUUGCCAGAAUCAAGAGUGCAGGUAUGGUUCAAAAACAGACGUGCAAAAUGUCGACAACAGCAGAAAACCUCAGACAAUGUAGUGGAAGAUAGCAGCAGUCAGUCCUACCACAAAUUCAGCAAUAAAAUUUCCAUGACGACACCUCCUGACAUUCACAGUGGCAUUCUUAACAAAUGCUCAAACUCGCCUUGCGUAUGCUUUUCCAGUUCUAACUAUUUGUUGUGCCGAGAAAAAAAUGAUGAGUUUAGUAGUAAACAAAUUUUCACUGAAUCGACGGACAGUUGUGGUGGUGAUAAAAAUAGUACAUUUCAAAGCGCAAAAAAUUUGCGUACAAACUAUUUAGAUUUUGAUUUACUACGCAAAAAAUUGAACAAUGAAAAUUACAGCUACUUAUCUGAACUCAAGAGUAAAAAAGAAGCAACUGGUGACGAUCAGAGUAAUGAAAAAAUUAGAAAAAACGGUGGCAAUUAUUUGAACAACAAUGAAGACGCGAUAGCAUCACAGAAAAACUUGAAAAUCAAUGAAUAUCCAUUUGAUUUAAAAAAUGAACAUCGAUCUGUUUCAAAUGUGACUUUAGCAUUUUUAUCCUCAAUUGACAAACCUACAAAGACCUGUAAAGUAAGAAGUUAUGAAAAUGAAAGUGAGAAGCCAGCGUUCUACAGCUUACCUUCAAUGAAAAAACAUUCCUUCGUUGGCAAAAAAAACACCAAUUCAGUAACAACGGCAUCACAUUUGGACAAUCCCACAUCGGUCAAUCACCAAUUUUUAUACGACAAACCAUCAGCCCUUUAUAAUACACACGUUACAAAUAAUUCUCCGAGUUUUCAAAAUGUUGAUAAUAUUGUAAUAAACAACUGCAAUUCCAAGCACAACAUUACAGAAAAAGCAGACCCAUCAUCCUUUUAUUAUCAGCGGCACAUAUCUCCAUAUUGCUCAACAGAUCUGAAUUAUUAUUAUCCCGCGGUCCCAGCCUCACCACAAACUCAUUUCUACCAGCGAACGCAAUUCUUACAGUCGGUUGCUUCUUCUGGCACGUCGACAGCAUUCAAUCAGUGUUUUGUAUCGUCGCCAUCGUCAUCCUCCUUUUCAUCUUCAUUGUUCUUUCCACCUAUUUAUAGCCACACUCAAAUAUAUUCAUGCAUUUCACCAUCAUCAACAUUACCAUCAUCAUCUUUAAAUCAACCAAAUAAUGAUUAUAAUAAUUUUAUGAUCAACACAUUCUCCGAUGACAGGCAGUUAAUGACUAACGGAGUCAGCAAUAUUCAACACAAUCAUCCAUUCAACAACGAAACGUACAAUGAAUUUGUUGACGAUAAUAAAGAAUGGGUAACGACGAAGUUUCAAGCACUGUAA